AUGCCCAGCGUCAGCCAGUGCACUCAAGUUGUGCGGUGUGUGACUGUGUUCUAUUUUUAUCUCUCAGAGGAACGCCCUGGUCACCCUGUCAAGCUCUAUCAAUACUGCUCAGGCGACGUCCAGGACAUCGUCCAGCGACAUAUCACCUUCGACGGCGAGCGAGACACCAAGGGUGUCGCAGAUUUCGGUGCCAAUCCCAGCAGACCGGAUGAUGGAGACGACGACGAUGCUGACGACGACGACGACGCACCAACCAAGAGCGGCAAGCGAAGCAGGAACGAACCUUCUGGGAGGCUGAAACUGCCCACUGAUUUCACUGGGGGAUCCACAGAUGACUAUGUUGGACAUCGCACGAUCCCUAUGACCCAACAUAUGCAGAGCGGGCCAUCGAGCGGGCCCGGGUUACCGAUAUCAACACUCCGCAGCAGCACGAGUGGUGGAGGCGGUGGUCCUGGCCCCUCUUCGUCCAGCUAUGGCAGACGCCCCAGCGGUCGCGGAAAUCCCAGUCGCUCGCCUUCGGAUGACCCUGCGCACGGACCCUCCAGUUACCCUUACCACCCAGCACCGCCCUCCAGCUUCAGUCGCGGAGGCGGCGGCUAUGGCGGUCCUCAACAAGGCGGCGGUGGUGGCGGCGGAGGAGGCUACCAGCAAUUCUACAACACCCCGCCUCAGCAAUCCUUCAUGCCUCUUCCCUCCGACUUUCCCCCACGAGGUGGGAGCGGUGGUAUGUCUCGCGGAUCUGGCUCUCACGGCAACUUUCCUCGUGGCAGCGGGUCGUUCGAGCCUGGGAUGUACCAGUCUCAAUCCCAUGCAGCGGGAAUGAUGAGGCAGAGCAGCAGUAGCAGUGGAGGCGCCAACACUGGAAGUGACAACCUGUUCUCUUUCCUCGACAGCGACGACGGCCAUAACCCACGCCAAUCCAACGCCAAUCCCAACGCUUUCUCGCUGGACUGGCCUGUCGGCCCCAACUCUGCUACUGGAUCUUCAACAUCUUCAAGCUCGGCUCGCACAGGCGCACCACCACCUUCAGUGUCGCCAGGAAGCGGCGGUCAAGACUGGCUCGAAUUCCUCGCUGGAAACCCAAACAACGCCGCUCGGGAAGGCUCUGGUGCCCACCUCUCCUGGGAACGCGGUGGCCCCGGCGGUGGAAGCACUGAUCGAACAACCGCAACCGAUCUCGCUGACCUCUUCGCCGCCGCUACCGCCACAGGACCCACCUCUCCUUCCCAUCGUCGAGGGUCACCGCAUUUUGGCAGCGGUAGUGGCGGGUCUGGGGGUAGCAAAAGGAUGCGCGAUAUGAUGGACGACGGGCGUAGACAGGGUGGGCUGAAUGCAUUGGGUGGGGGCCCUCCUCCAGGUAUGGCUGGCGCGUCGCGCACGGACCUCCUUGAGCCCAAGUUGGAGCAUCGGGAGUGA